AUGUUUGCCACACGCGACCUCAAAAAGGGCGACGAAAUCUUUCUGGCAACUCCCAAUUAUAUCUGCAGGUGCCUCAUGUGCCUCGAGGAGGCAGAAAGCAUACGGAGAGAACUCGAAGAGGAAGCCAAAGAAGAGGAAGCCAAGAAGCUCAAAUCGGAGCUUGAAGAUUCAGGCAACGGUAAGUCUCCGGGGCCUUUGACGAAGGACAGCAAAGACGAUUCUCAAGAGCAGAAGAGGAAAGACGAUUCUCGAAGACUACCGGCCGGUACCCAAGCACCCGUCACUCAAGCAUCUCGCGGCCAUUUGAUCUGGACCACAACACUCACUCCGGACAACUUCAACGACGAGUAUGAUGGGUCCUCCGAGCAGUCUGACGAGCCUGAUAAGAUCAAUGACAUCAAAGGCAUUCAUGGCAUCAAUGUUAUUGAUGAUGCCUCUUCGGAUGAGUCCCGUUUGAGUACUAUACCCGAGGAAUCUGGCGAGGACGGGGACGGGGACGGGGAGUUCAACAUGAACAGCGGCGAGGACGACAGUAACUACACCGGCAAACGCCCGGACAGUCUAAGUAACCACUUACGGAGACCCGACUCGGGGUCCCGGGCGGACGCUCUUGUACCCCCACCAAACUUUUUGGAAGAGCCUUUUGAGCCUGAUGGAACAAGUGGUGACUACCGUGAAUAUUCCGAACAACUGAAUUAUUGGGUGGCUACUGCUUACAACGCUGCAUUUGCUCUUUGCAUGGCUGUUACUGUUUUCGCUGCUCAGCAACAUGGCGAUAAGGCACAUUGA